AUGGAGCUGCGACGGGAGAGCGCGGCCAAUCUGCUGGAGAAGCUUCUGAACUGCAAGCUGCGCCUACUGGGUUCGAUCCGAAAGCCGGCCCCUGGUUUCGUGCUAACUACGGACGAAGAGGAUGUUGAAAACCCAAUGAAUGACACAGGUGUUGAAGUGGAGAGGGAAGAAGGACGUCCAUGCAAGACUAACGAGCACUUCAUCAAUCCGCCGAUGUUCUGUUUCUGCAGCGAUUCUCCUAGCGUCAUGGUCAAGUUGCGCAAGGACUGCCUGAACACGAAGGAGUUUGUGUUCGCGUACGGCUGUGCGCCAUAUUCCAUCCACAAUCUGUGCAUGGACCUCAUCAAGACCUUUCCCGGCGUGAAAAUCGUCUUGAAACAGAUCGUCUACAUGGUGAAGACAUUGAAGUCGUCCCACUUAUUGCUGCAACUAUUCGACAAGCUCUGUCUAGAGAAGUUCAAGAAGACGUACGUCCUCAUUCUCUACACAAAGACUCGAUGGGGCGCCGUGUUCUUCGCUGCGCAGCGUGCGAGCAAGGUGAAGGCGGCGUGUGCGGCGCUGCCCGGCGAGAUUCUCAACGCCGAUUCGACAUUGACAUCCGCGACGAUCUUAAGAUGCUGCUUACUGAUCCAGCAUACUGGAGAGGGAGACGAGGCGACAUUCUCGGCGGUAUAUGCGUGCUUCUUGACGAUCAAGUAUCACAUCAAGACUCUCGAUCUCUCCGUGAUGGAAGCCCUACAUCUGAACUACGACGAUAUUUGCGAGAUGAUCAGGCUCAUCCACCACCGCUUCUCGACCAUCUAUUCGGAGGCCCAUGCCCUCGUAUUCUGUACUGAUCCUUUGUUCAUCAGCAUGCGCAGGUCGAUGGGGUUCAGGUUUGACGAGAAGUUCUUGCACCUCGGGAAGGGUUCGAUAAACCAGCAGUCAAAAGCGGUGAUUGCCCGUAUUUCGAUGGGCAACAAGAUCCUGCGUCGAUCGAUGUUGUCUGAAUUCGCCGUGUUCGUCACUCGCCAGCAAGACACCGAGGACGACUUCUCCGACACGAGUAUCAAGCCAUAA